CGUCAUCCUGUUCUAUAUAAGGAGCGUAUAAAUUGUUCGCGGAGUCAUUGGCUUACAUGUGGGGCACUUAUGGCAUUGCUUCUCCGCAUCUGAGGCUAGGAAAUGCGAAAGUUGAUGAGCAGAAAUGUAUUCACAACCAGCUUCACCGCUAUAUGCGCAGAGCUAGCCCAUAUCAUUAAUAGAGUGUGUUGAUUGUCGAAAGAGCUAUAACGAUAAUCAUCAACCUGGCUGGUUCAGCAAAGAAUAAUCAUCGCAGAAUCCCUUCCCUCAUUGCAUAGAAGGCUGAAAAAUGGCAUCGAAGACGGAGUCAUCUCUUGAAAAACUACCGGCAAUCCCAGCAGAGGUGUCAACUCAAUGGCUGGAGUCGAAGCUUGGCCAUAAGAUCAAGUCAGCCUCGUUGACACGGUCCAUAUUCGGCACAGGUAGCAAACUAUUCUUCACUAUCGAGUAUGCAGUGGAAAUAGCUGAUGUGAAUUCGCGGCCGACGAAUAUCUGCGUGAAGGGCGUGUUCGACCCUGCAAUGGUAGAAUCUCAGCCGUGGACUCUGAGCCUGGCACAGCGUGAGGCCAACUUCUUUGCGAAGAUCGCGCCAAGUAUCAAGCACAUGGGUUACCCAAGAGGUUGGUGGGGUGGAACGAGCGAUAGCCAGGGAAUUGCUAUUAUGUCCGAUCUGACGCAUGAAGGCUGCACCUUUCCGUCCGAGGCUGCCUCUUAUCCGGUCGAGAAGGCGCUGGAUGGCGCCGCCCAGAUAGCCGGUCUGCAUGCCCAAUUCUGGGGCAAGAGCCAGGACGAUUACCCUUGGAUAUCGAACGACUACGACGUGGCUAUGAAGUUCAUCGCCUCUCCGUGGGAUAGCGUCGUGCGAGAACCUGGACGGCCUAAGCUACCCGAAUACCUGAUGGACGGGGCGCGCGUUAAACGGGCACAGGACAAAUACUAUGCCCAACGCAACCCCAGGUUUCGAACGCUACUACACGGCGAUACGCACCUCGGCAAUGUGUACUUUACGUCUGAAGGGCAUACACGGUUCCUGGACUGGUCGGCCUUCCACUUCGCGUCGUGCUUUCACGAUCUUGUCUAUUUUGUGUCUACUACUUUGACUGUAGAGGAUCGUCGCGCUCACGAAAUGGACGUAUUGGACCACUACUUGGCAACUCUUCACCGUCUGGGAGGCCCCAAGUUCGACCGCGACGACGAGGAACUUAUGAUAGAGUAUAAAAGGUCGUACAUGACGAACAUUAUCUGGCCAGUCUGUGGAUAUGACUUGCAGACUAAGGAGAGGGUAGACGCUUUCACGGAGCGUACUAUCGCCGCUUGGGUUGACCACAAAGUCAUCGAAGUCAUCGAGGCUCAAUAGUAGCUAUCCAGGCUUGGAAAACGGAUUGUCCAAUAUACCUAACACUUAGGAUCUAUACCUACCAAGUCUACCUAUUCCUAUAAGUUCGCAUUAAUUAGAUGUCCCGAAGCCAUACUUUCUACUCAGGGAAAAUCUUAGAAAAAGGCAUUUUAAAAUUGUGUCUGUCGCAUCACCCCUUCUUUUCUCUUUAGCUGAAGGAACUGUCUCUGACAGUGUUCGAAUUUGCUUCUUGUAAACUACCGUGAAUGUAGGUAUCCUCGGGUCCCAGUAUACGACACAUGAAAGUUUCUUUCAGGGAAUUCUAUUUUGAAAGCCUUUACGUGUCUGCGUGUGUGUGUGUGUGUGUCACGAAGGGUGAUCUUAAAACAAGGAAUGAUCUUGAAGGCCUCGACGGCGUGUGGAUGUUUGCAGAGAAGAGAAUCGACAAUAAGACGAAAGGUUUAUGUAAAACUCAAUACCUAUACCUACCUAGGUACAUAUAUUACCUAGUGGGUACCAGGUAAAUAGUGGGACUGGAUAGGUAUCUAGGUACAUGUCUUUGUAUACAUAUUUAUCUACUAGGUACAUAUAACUUUCAUGAAGGUGGUCUAUGCGUAACCUUGGAA